GAUCUGCUGAGUCUGUCAAACUCACAGAAUCAACGAACAACUUUUGCUAAAGUAAAAACAGUAGUUAAAAUAAAACGUAUGUAACAUAAACUUUAUUGCAGUAAAAUUAACGUUGUGAUCAUGAGCAACGAUUAUAUGCGGACACUUACAUGUAGAUCCUGUAAAAAAAUUUAAAUGUAUUUAACUGGGAAUAACGUGUGCUUUCUGACAAGUUAUCCUCAGCCCUCAGGGAAUCUUUCCGGCUUAUAUUUUUUAAAUUACGAACGCACUUUAUGAUAAACAUUCAAUAAAGAGAUUAAAUGCUUGAUCUUCAGUGACUUUCGGUAUAAAUGUUCUCAACUUUUAGUUUUAAAAAUUAAUCUACCAUGAAAGAGGUAUUAAAUACCCAUCUUUCUUCGGGAUUUAAUAAUCAUUUUGCAAAUAAUAAUGGAGACACUAGCGGUGAGAGCUCUAAUAAUGUUGCAAAUGGUGAAAAUACGAGAAGGUAUGCUGUUUUGAGUACAGACUGGAUUUCAGCAAUUGGAGAAGAAUUAGGAAUGCAGCCCCUUCCAGAUCCUCUCCUUCGAAGACUAGCAGAAGAUGCUUCCUAUCGUUUACGAGAAGUUUUACAUAAAUGUGUAACAAGACUAAGACACAGUAAACGAAGGCGAUUAACGUCGAAUGAUGUAAAUUCAGUAGUAACUGAUUUAUGUGAUGCUGAUCCGCUUUUCGGGGUACCUGAACAAAUGCCAGAAUAUCAUAAUGAAGCUGGAGUAUUUGUUCCCCACGAACGUAUUAUAGAUUUGUCGCAGCAAGUCAAUAAUCCUCUAAAACUUAGUCAGCUUACUCCUCCUUUUCUACAAGAAUUAGAAAUAACUAAUGGUCGAUUGAAAGAAGCUCGUGAUAUUUAUGCAAAGCGAACAUUAAAAACGAUUUACAAUGGAUCUCAAAAGACAUUUCAGGUUCUCUUGAACGACUGCGCUACUAAUGCUGAUUUGGGAGGCUUGGGAGUUGUCGAUAAAUUGAUGUCGAUAGCAAGAGCAAUGGUUAUUACCAAUAGCACUCAUUAUACACGACUGUCUACGCGAACAUGUCAGCUCAUCAUUGCAGUUGCAAGUAACAGCGAAGCUGUAUACCCCUACCACUUAAUUUCGGUGGAUAAGUUAACCGAAUUAUUAAUUGACCUACCGGAGGGUUAUAUUCACGUUAACAUGGAAGUAUUAUUCAAAGAUUGUGCACUUAAAUUGAUGCUUCGCUGGCCAUCUGCGGCAGAUAAAUUCAUUCCAGUGUUAGAAAGAAUUCUUCUCCAAGAAGAGAAGGAUAGUUUCGAAUCCAGAAAGAAGAGACUUAUGGCCAUGGAGUUAAUCGCAGGAGUUCAACCUUUAUUGUUUUUUCAGCAAGAAAGUAAUUCUCCGCUUUCUUUAGAAAAAGUUCUUCAAUUCGCGUUGCCUGGUUCUGUUUUGUGGUUGCGUAUUGCUACUGCAGUUUGCGCUUUUGUAAAAACGGGGAGCCAACCGUUCAACUAUGUUGUGAUAACCGACCAUUUUGGGGAUUCGAUUUUACCCUACUUUGCAAUCAGAGAUGAAAAGCCUCGCGAACGUAAAGAAGAAACUGCUCUUCCAAUUAUUGUCAGAAGUAAAAUUAAUUAUGCUGAAAUUAGGCCAGCUCGAGAAAAUAGGCCGUAUGUGGACAGGCACACAAUUUUUCCUAAUUCAGUACUACAGGGCAGACAUGAAAUAAGAUUCGCGUUUGCUGGUGGACGACCCGUAGCUCCUGACAAUUUGAGACGAGCAAGCUUGCGUGCGGAUUAUGAGUUCUUAAGAAGCGAAGUGCCUGCUACUGUCGCACUCGUAGCUUCUCGGAAAUUGCUUGUAUUUAAGAAUAAACGACAAAAUUUUGCUGAUGCCUAUAAUUUAAAAAGCUUUAACCUUUGAGCAAAAAAAAACCUAACAGUUAAUGAUCCUUGGUGAGUGCAUUUUUAAUAUAACAAAAAUAAAUUAAACCCAACUUACAUGUAGGUAGCAGUUAAAAUUUGUGUCGUGACUUAUACAAGUUCAGGGUGGCUGCUUAACCAGGAAAUGAACGGGCAUUUCCUACGUUCAGAAAUAGGGUCAUCCGCUAAUUUCCUUUUUUUUCGUAUUGAAGAAUAAGUUCUAAAAUAACUCAUAAUAUCAGGAUAAUGUAAAAAAGUGUUUUUCGAAAAUAGAUUUGAGGAUAAAUAAAAUGUUUACAAAUUUCAAAUUCCUAUUUCUGACACGCCUAUUCCGUCCUCUCUAUUUGACGUUGCACGUUUUCAAAAGCUUGUAAAUAAAUUGGUUGAUUACCGUUUUUGCAUAAAAAUGCAAAGAAAACAAUGCUACCAUUGGCCUUUUUGCCUAAAUGUUAGAACACCUCUGUCAUAAAUUAAAGAAAAUUAGUUAUAACUAUAACCAAAGAUGAGGAAUGAAAAAAAUGGUACAAAAUUGUUCGGCGUGACAUGUGCCCUACAACAUAUUUAGUAUAUUUUUGCAAAGAUCAUUUCAACGUAAGAAAAUAUAUUUAUUUUUAAGAGAAAAAUUUAAAAUAUGCUUUUUUUAAUCAAAUCGUUUAUUUACGUAACAAGCAUUA